AUGGCCGAUCUUGAUGACUACGGCGACCUUUUCGCUAUAGACGUUGGCAUAGACAACUACGCAGAAACAGCGGCAAACGACGCACCCAAUGUCUCCCGAACCUUUCAAAGCGAGGAGGCUUUCCAAAGGAUCAAAGAGUCUUAUACGGCCAAAGUCGACACUGGGGACAACUACGAAGCCCUUUUGAAGACGGUCCCUGUUCUGCGGUCUCCGGACUCUACAUCACAAGGUGGGAACGAAUCAAAAAGAAAGCUGGGCAACAAGGAAAAGAAUCUGCUUGGCUAUGCGGUGGGAGAGAUGUAUUAUGACCGAAAGUUCUCCCAGGUCAUCGAUCUCUGUCAUCGCGUUGAAAUGGUGUGUGUGGUCGACACGAAGCUGGGCGACAGUCUGAAGAAAUGGAUUGAAAUAUGUGAAGUAAAGGCACAGAAGGAGUCUGGUGUUUGA